AUGACCAAAACUCCGUCUCAUUCUACACCCCAGGAUAACGAAGAAGACUCCAUCUCCUACCCCACGGGCCUCAAACUCUGGCUUAUCAUCCUCUCCCUCUGCCUAGCCAUCUUCCUCGUCGCCCUAGACCAAACCAUCAUCGCGCCCGCCCUAGGCGCCAUAACCGCCGAAUACGGCACCGUCAAGGACAUCGGCUGGUACGGCAGCUCUUACCUCCUGACGACAACAGCUCUGCAGCCCCUCUACGGAACUGUCUACAAGCUCUUCGAUAUCAAGGCUAUCUACUUAGGCGCCGUGGCCCUCUUCGAGCUGGGGAGCCUGAUAUCCGCUGUUGCGCCCUCAUCUGUGGCGUUUAUUGUCGGGAGGGCUGUGGCGGGGAUGGGCACGGCGGGGUUGUUUUCGGGGAGUAUUGUGAUUCUUACCUAUACCCUCCCCCUGAGGAAACGGCCGGUCAUGUUUGGGUUUUUCGGCGGUAUGUGGGGGAUUGCGAGUGUGGUUGGUCCCCUGCUGGGCGGUGCAUUCUCGGAUGGGGUUACGUGGAGGUGGUGCUUUUACGUCAACUUGCCUAUUGGCGGUGCGGCCAUGGCAGUAAUCUUCUUCUUUUUGCAUAUUGCGAGGGUGACUAACCACGAUGGUGACUCGUUUGGGAAGCGCAUUGUGCAGUUGGAUUUGCUGGGGGCGGGGAUUCUGAUUCCGGCUAUUAUUAUGCUGCUUCUGGCGCUGCAGUGGGGAGGCGCCGAGUACGCUUGGAGCGACUCACGUAUUAUCGGGCUGUUUGUGGCCGCCGGUGUGAUGCUUUUGCUCUUCGUGGGAGUGGAGAUGUGGCGGCAGGAUAAAGCGCUUUUGCCCCCGCGGUUCUUCAAAAAUCGGGAUGUGCUUUGCGCUAUGCUGUUUUCUUUCUUCUUUGGGGCUUGUUUCUUCCCCAUGAUUUACUAUCUCUCCCUCUACUUCCAAGCUAUCCAAGGCGACUCUGCCGUCACCGCCGGUAUCAAGCUGCUUCCCUUCCUUCUGGCUGCCGUCAUCAGUUCCAUCCUGAGCGGAAUACUCAUCACGGUGUUCGGAAUUUACAACCCCGUCAUCCUGGCUGAGACAGUUAUGUUAACCGUAGGCGCGGGACUAAUUACCACCUUCUGGCUUGACACCUCCUUUAGCAAAUGGUUCGGCUACCAAGUUCUCUUUGGACUGGGAACUGGAGUCUGCUUCCAGGCCGGUAUUGUCGUCGUCCAGAAUGUUCUGUCGCAGGACCUUAUACCCCAGGCGUCAGCCUGCGUACAAUUUUUCCAAAGCCUGGGCGGGGCCCUGUUUAUUGCGGUUGCGCAAACGGUGUUCCAGAACGGAUUGAUCGGUGGUGUGACAAGAGAUGCGCCGCAGUUGGAUCCGAGGAUAUUUAUCAAUGUGGGUGCCUCACGGAUUCGGCAGACAUUGGUUGCGAUAGGACAGGAGGGGGCGGUUGAGACGGUCCUAGGCGCGUACACUCAGGGGUUGAGGAAUACGUACUGCAUUGCCGUAGCCAUGGCCGGGUGUGCGUUUGCGGUUGGGGCGUGUUUGAGUUGGAAGAAGAUUAGUAAGGUACAAGGAGUGGAGGGUAAGGAGGAAGAAGCUGGGUCGGGUGUUAUCGAAUAG